GCCGAAGAGCAGAGCAAAGUCCCCGCCUCGAGUUGGCGACUCUUCGUCUUGCUGGCUGAAGUGGGCCGCUGGCGCUGCUGCAGUCACCCUUGGGGGGCAUGGCUCCAUUGCGCUUCGCCGCCAACCUGGCCUGGAUGUUCCAGGAGCAGCCGACGCUGCUCGAGCGCAUAGAGGCGGCGGCGCGGGCUGGCUUCAAAGCCGCUGAGCUGGGCUUUCCUUACGCCUGCAGCGCAUCGGAACUGCGGGCGGCGGCAGAACGGGCCGGCCUAGAGCUUGUCCUGCUCAACACCCCGCCAGGAAACCAAGAAAAAGGUGACAUGGGACUAGGUGCUGUGCCUGGCCGCCAGCAUGAAUUUCGAGAGGCCCUGGCCUUGGCCAUGAAGUAUGCCAAGACCCUGCAGUGUCCAAGGAUUCACCUUUUGGCUGGCCGACUUCCUGUGGGGGCUGAGCGGGAGGCAGUGGCUGCUGAGAUGGAAGACACCUUUAUAGAGAACCUUAAAUAUGCGGCUGACAUCCUGGCUCAGCAAAAUCUGAUUGGGCUAUUGGAGCCUAUCAACAGUCGGAUUACUGAUCCCCGCUACUUCUUGACCACCCCCCAUCAAGCUGCUGCCAUCUUGAAGAAAGUGGGAAGUCCUCACUUGAAGCUGCAACUGGAUAUUUUCCAUUGCCAAAUCAUGGAUGGGAAUCUGACUUGGAACCUGGAAACCUAUUUCCCAAUUCUUGGACACAUUCAGAUUGCUCAGGUACCAGCACGGCAUGAGCCUGACAGCCCUGGAGAACUGGACUUUCUCUACCUCUUCCAGCUUCUGGAGUCAAUGGGCUACAGCGAUUAUAUAGGAUGCGAGUAUGCUCCUAGAGGAGACACAGUGAAGGGGCUCGAUUGGCUGCGUUUGUACUGGGAGAGUCAUGGUCUACAUGGUGGUGGAAGCUGAAGGGUUAAGCUCAGGAUGAGAAACUAAAAUAAAGUGCAUCAAAGAUUGAAUGAGCAAUAGUCUCCAGUAUCACUUGCCAGAAGAGAGGAAAAAGCUGGUCUUAUUGCUGGAUCAAUUACCUGAACUGUUGCUUUGUUAUAUGUCCCUCUGUGGGGGCAUGGCUGCAGCAGGCUAUUGUUGUCUCCUAAUAAAGUGGCUCUGCUAGUA